CACUCCUCAACCCCCAUCUCUAUUAAUUUCAUAGCAGUACUGUAAUACUCACACUCUCCUCUCUCUCAUCCCCAAGAAGAAAAACCAUAUAUUCAUUCUAACGAUAAGUAAAUAAUUAAUAUGGUUUCUUUUUUCGACCACACCGACCGAGCCCGAGCCACCUUGUUAACAUGCCUAGCCGCAGCCUUCAGAACCGCAAUCGCUUGCUCCAUAGUGGCUUGUACAACUCUGUACGGCCCAGAAUCCUUCCGCAGCGUGGUACGCUUCCCAGCAUUCUCUUACGUGACGGUGAUCCUUGUCGUGACAGACGCCACUCUGGGUGACACGUUGCGCGGCUGCUGGCUAGGUCUCCAUGCCACGGUCCAGAGCCUUGGGCCGGCCAUGCUCAGCCUCUGGCUGAUAGGUCCAUCUCGUUUCUCAGAAAGCGUGACUGCCCUGGCCGUUGCGCUUGGAGCUUUCGUUGUGGCCCUGCCUGAAUCGACUCAUCUGAUCUCGAAGCGAAUAGCGCUGGGCCAGAUUGUGAUUGUGUACGUUGUUGGGUUUAUUAAUGGUGAGCUAGACGAGGCUGUUAUGCACCCCCUCCGCGUGGCGGCUAGCACUGGAGUUGGCCUCUCCGCUUGUGUCUUGGCUUUGCUGCUUCCUUUUCCUAGACUAGCUUUCAAGGAGGUGAAACACAAUUGCCAUCUCUAUGGAGAGAAUGCUUCAAAGAGACUAAACAACUUCGUGAAGGCCUAUACCGCAGAGGAUAAGACAACGGCACUUGAAUCUAUAUCUCAAGCAAAAACAUUGGCUGCUACCGGCACCAAACUUAUUCAAAACAUAAAAAGAUUCCAAGAAAGCAUGCGAUGGGAGAGACCUCCACUGAGAUGUUUGAAACCAAGCAGCAUCUUAAUGAACCCAGGAGACAAAAUGCAAGAUUUGGAAGUACCAUUAAGAGGGUUAGAAAUGGCUUUAAAAACCACAACUUCAUUUCCUGUUAAAAAUCUAACGGGAGAGCUCAGAGAUGGUCUAGUUGUAAUGGAGAACAACAUGAACCUUGGUACUGUGGGAAGCUUACACUUGAACGAAUCGUUUACAGUCCCUGAAUCUGUUGAAGAAGAUAAAAACUUCCUUCAAACAUUGCCUAAGGAUCUUCCACCAACCCAUCAAGAAUUACCCUCAUUUUUCUUCCUCUUUUGCAUGAAACUCCUUCACAUAAAAAAGCUAGCCACAAAAACAAUAAAACCCAGUACCCCAGGGCAGAAGGCUUCAACCGAUAGAGAUGACGAUAGUAUUUGGGCUUAUAUUUUUCCAAAACUGAGCAGCAACCAAAGGCUCAUGUACGCAUUCAAAUGCUCGUUUUCAUUGGGCCUUGCAGUGUUCUUUGGGCUUUUUUACAGCAGAGCCAAUGGUUUCUGGGCCGGACUCCCAGUUGCCAUAAGCCUAUCCGCUGGCAGAGAGCCCACUUUCAGAGUUGCCAACCUUAAAGCCCAAGGGACUGUUUUGGGAACCAUUUAUGGAGUUUUGGUUUGGUUUCUAUUCUCCAACAUUUUACCAUUAAGACUUUUUUCACUUCUCCCUUGGUUCAUUUUCACUGGCUUUCUCCAACGUAGUCGGAUGUACGGACAAGCCGGGGGUAUUUCAGCCAUCAUUGGUGCCAUCUUGGUUUUGGGCCGAGAAGGUUUUGGGCCUCCAAGCCAAUUCGCUAUAGCAAGAAUUGUCGAAACCUUUAUUGGGUUAUCUUGUUCCAUCUUGGUGGACUUACUCUUCCAACCCACUAGAGCUUCCACACUUACAAAAGUCCACCUCUCAAAAAGUCUCGACACGUUGAACGAGUGUAUUGGGUCUUUGAGUACAAGCACCAAAGCCCUAUUGGAAGAGAACCGAAAGAAGCUGAAGAUGAACAUUAGGGAGCUUGAGAAUUUCAUUAGUGAAGCUGAGCUGGAGCCCAAUUUCUGGUUCGUGCCAUUUCCUAGUGGCUCCUACGGAAAACUUACCAACUCUUUGUCCAAAAUGGUCGAUUUGCUUGACUUUAGUGCUCAUGCAUUGGGGUUUCUUCACCAAUAUUAUUACUCCAAUGAUCAUGAUAACGAAAUCAUGAUCAAAAUUGACGGUGAUGUCGACCUUUUCAAGAAACUGGUUUGUUCUUCCGUAACAUGUUUUCAAGAGGUUAGUUUGAUAAAAUCAUUGCCUAUUCUCGAAGAGGAGUUUGAGAAGAACAAAAUGCCACAUGAUGUGGAGAUGGGAAAAUACUCAAAUAAUGAUAACUUUACCAACACUCAAUUGAAUGAAGAAGAGGUGGACAUGAUUUUGGGCUCUUACCUCCAACAUUCAAGAGAAGUUAUAGAGAAGAUUAAUAAUGAUGAUAAUAAUAAUAAUAAACAACAAGUAGUAGUGGCUAAUAAUGAUCAUGAUGGGGAGAAAAUGAUCAAAAGCCAAAUGGUGACUCUGAGUUUGAGUGCUCUUGGGUUUUGCAUAAGUCGUUUUAUGAAAGAAACUAAGGAGAUUGAAGUUGAAAUGAAGGAAGUCGUUCAGUGGGAAAACCCUUCUAGCCGUGUUGAUCUGUAUAAUAUUUCCUGUAUGAUACGUGCUUUGAAGAAAUAAAAUAAAAAGCAUUGUAAA